AUGCGCUCAGUCAGAUGCAGUGGGGGAAACUGCACCACAACGGUGAAAGAGUUUGUCUUGUUGGGCCUCUCGCAGACGAGGGAGGUCCAACUCUUCCUCUUCUUCCUCUUCCUCGACUCCCUCAUCCUGCCUGUAAACAUCCUUGUCAUCGUGACUAUCUGGAGCAACUCUCACCUCAGUUCCCCCAUGUUCUUCUUCCUUGGCAACUUGGCCUUCCUGGACCUCUGCUACUGCUCUGUCACGCCGCCCAAAAUGUUAGCUGACUUGUACUCCAGCCGGAAAGCCAUCUCUUACUGGGGCUGCAUGGUCCAGAUCUUCUUCCUCCACUGGCUGGGAGCAGCUGAGUUCCUCCUCCUCAUUGGCAUGGCCUUUGACCAGUACGUGGCCAUCUGCCACCCUUUGCGCUAUGGCAAUGUGAUAAACAAAGGUGUCUGCUGGAGCCUUAUCGUUGCUGUUUGGCUUCUUGGUCUGAUGCACUCUCUGAUUCAGUUCAUUCCCAUCAUCCAUCUUCCUUUCUGUGGACCCAACAGACUGGACAAUUUCUUCUGCGACAUCAACCAGAUCGUCAAACUGGCUUGCACGGACACCUAUGUCUUGGAGUUCGUCAUGUUCUUCAACAGUGGCUUGGCCACUCUGAUGUGUUUCAUCCUCCUUCUCCUCUCCUACGGAGCCCUGCUGGCCAAGGUGAGGGCCAGCUCCACCAAGGGGAAGAGCAAGACAGCCUCCACCUGUGUCACCCACAUCAUCAUCGUCUUCAUCAUGUUCGCCCCUGCCAUCUACAUGUACUGCCGCCCGUUCCAGGACUUCCCCCUUGACAAAGUGGUGGCCAUCUUCCACACCGUGGUCUUCCCCCUGAUGAACCCCAUGAUCUACACCUUGAGGAACAAUGAGAUCAAGCUUGCUAUACGGAAGAUGAUCACCAAAAAUAAAAUCUGGAACAGAGAGUGA